AUGCCUAUCGAGUGUUGGUUGUCUCAAAUGUGAGCUAGUUCUAUUUUUCCUCUUUUCCUUAUCCCAGAAGAAGCCAGCAAGUAUGAUCCUUGAACAGUUUCAAAAAGUCCUUUUUUUUGUUCUUAUUUUAUAAUCGUGUUUUUUUCAGAUUGCAGCUGAAUUAUUUGAAAGGCGCAAGGUUAUCAGAAACGAGUGCAGUCAAGAUGCUGUCUAUAUUGAAAGUAAGCUUUUUCCUGGAUUUUUGGUGUACAACGAAAGUUUUUAGUGUUUCGCAAACGUCCACGUUUUACUAGGAACUGUGAUGCUUGUUUUGUCAAGUUUGGCCGACUACAUCAGCUCCAGAAUCAACACAGUCCGGUUAAACGGCUUGAUAGAAUGCUGUUCAUUUUAUUUUCUUGUUAUGGGGUAAAACUUUUUUUCUUACUAAAUGCUGUUUAUACUGUUCUUUUGGAGAACAGCACAUUUGAAGAGAAAUUUGAGCCCUGUGUUUGAGAAUAAAAAUUCAGCGUCAUUGGUUUAUGCGGUUCCGCCUCGUAUCGACGAGGCCUUGUUAUAACGUACUUGGUGAUGUCCGUUCACGCGAUUUUCAUUCUUGUUCCGGCUAUCAUCAUUGUUUCAAGCUUCGAUAUUCAUUUCUAUCAGGUGCGUAAUUUUUUCAUGGAGAGAUGCAAAUUCUUCAUGAGAAAUUAACUGCCUUGCUAUUGAAAUUUUGCAGCACGAGUGCUGGGGAGAAUGCGAUUGGCAUCUUCUAGCGACGUCGUUCCCGAACAAUAGUCGAUGUCAGAUUUUGUGUGGACAACACGUUGAUGAAACUAUGCGCAGGUGAGCGGAAAGUUCUGAAAUCUAAGAAGAAUAGAAUGAACCGAAGUUUUUUCACUGAUUAUUCAGCUUUUCCUUUGUUUAUAAAUUAAUGGAUGAAAUAUCUCUGCAAAGGUGCUUUUACCACUAGUUAGAAAAAAAAACAGUGGCUUCAAAUUUUUGAAAAUCAAGCUUCGUUUUUUUUAUCCUUCUUGUUUUUAAAAAUCACGAAACAACGAAUGUGGCUUAAACCAAUUAAGAAUGAGGAACAGUUUGAUCAAAACAUUUUUCUCACGCUGUUAUGGCGAAAUUUUAUUUUCGAACAUUUAAAAAAAAACCUUGUUAUUUCGCGUUCCUUGAUCUCCAGCAAAAUAAUUUUGAACCGAAUUGCUUUAUGCCGUGUUCAAAGAGAUUACGCGAAAUUAAAAAUAGCCGUCAGAGAAAGAAAAAGAUUACUAAAUUUUAGAGAGUCAGACCAUUUCGAAUUUUGCGGAAAUCAUUUUGAACACGGAAUCAAGUUUCUCUCAUUUUCAAACGACUGCCAAUUUCAGAAGAAUGACACGAUUGGGAACGGAUUAUCGAUUAGACGCCGGAAUUAUUGCCGCAGCCAUUCUGGAAUUUUUCUUAGCAAUUGCAACGACAGUUAUUGCUUCAAGGACAUUAUUUAUCCCCACUAAGGUUAGUUAUUUUUUUCAAAUAUUUUACUUAACCAAAUUAUUUCCAGGAAUCUUCAAUGGAACUUGUUCCUCUCAACGCAGGGAAUGUGGAAGCUUCUGAAAAUCAUCGGCAAUGA